AUGCGCGCCGCGGCCGCCGACCCGAGCGGGUACGUGAUGAAGCCGCAGCGAGAGGGCGGCGGCCACAACCUCUUCGGGGCCACGCUCGCGGCCGCGCUGCGCGAGCUGUCUCGCGCGCAGCGGUCGGCGUACAUCCUCAUGCGGCGCAUCGAGCCAAAGGCGGCGCCUGCGGUCCUCGUGCGCGCCGGAGAGGUCUACCGCGGCGACGCCGUCUCGGAGCUGGGCGUCUACUCGACCUACCUGCGCUCCGCCACCGGCCGCGUCCUCAUCAGCCGCCCCGCCGGCCAUUUGGUUCGCACCAAGAUGCGCGGGGUUGACGAGGGAGGGGUCGCCUCGGGCUUCGCCGUUCUCUCGAGCCCGCUCGCUUCAUCUGAUGAUGUGGUGUGA